AUGCAGUUCAAGACCCUCGCCGUUGCCGCCGCCACCGCUGCUGGUGCGUCAGCCCAGAACAGCACCACUCCGUCCGCGUUUGGUGUCCUGUCCAUCCGCUCGGGCAGCCAGCUGCAGUACGCCGGCUGGAGCGCCGCCAGCGGUGGCAUCUUCAACCUGCUGCCGGAGCAGAAGGUGUCUUGCGACCCCGGUGCUGAUGAGAGCUACGCCACCUUCACCAUCGUCGACGGCGCUCUGAACCUCUACUCGAACCAGAACCCGCCCCAGCAGCUCUACGUCGACCGUUCCGGCAUGGGCAUGGGCAAGAUCGGCUACACCACCGGCGCCGAGCCCGCCCCCCGCUCCGGCGAGCGCACCGGCUGGGCCGUCACCGGCACCGAGCUGACCUUUGACGGCUCCGGCUUCGUCGCCUGCCCCGGCUACGAGGGUGGCGCCUGGGAGAUCUGGUUGGGCGGUGUCUCUGACCACCCUGGCUGGAACUACAACUGCACUGGUGUCGGCGCCCGUAUCGUCCCCAUCAGCGAGCCCGUCAGCUGCCUGUACGAGUAA